CCUUCUUGUCUUCAGCUUCCUCAUCCUCACCACCAUCUGCGCCUGUCUCACUGUAGCACCACCCCAUGGCAUCUACAAUUGACCAGCUGAAAUCCGAGGGCAAUGCUCUCUUUGGGCAGAAACAAUACGAGGCAGCUCUCGAGAAGUAUGGAGAGGCGAUCAACCUAGACGAUCGUAAUGCAAUCUUGUAUUCGAAUAGAGCAGCUUGCCAAUUAGCUCUGGCAGACUACACGAAAGCUAUGGAAGAUGCGGAACACGCCCUCAAGCUUGACCCUGUAUAUUCCAAAGCUUGGGCACGUCUGGCAUCCGCACAAGGCUCACUUAAUCUUCUACCGCACGCUAUAAAGUCCUGGCAGUCUGCCAUCGACAGUCUGCCUAAGAAAGACUUGAAGCCUGCAGAUGUCAAACAAAGGACACAAUACCUGGAUUCUUUGGAGGCUAUGAAACUUAGAGAGAGAAUUGCAACGCAGGAGAAACUUCAUUUAUCUGUGCCUCAUAGGCCCAGCAAUGGUGGGAAGAAACUCAGCUGGGAUCGAGCUCAAGAGCUGUUGCCAGAGCUCAGGAAGGCAGGUAAGAUGAGAAGCAGUGCAUGGGUCCUGGCUGUGGCAGACGAACAAUACAGCAAGGGUGCAAGAGUACUGAAACAAGUCGUGCAGACGGGCGAUCCUAAGGGUCCAGAAUACUUUGGUGUACUGAAAGAGAUGAGCAAUGCUGUGCUGCAGGACAAACGCUGCUUUCGAAUCGACGGUAACGAUUGGUUUGACAAGUGGAACUGGCAAAUGAAACUGGAAGCGUUGAGAUUCAGGACGCCUAAUCCAGAUGCACCGCUCAAGGAGGUAGACGAUCACAUGCAAAAUUUGCUCGCAGAAGGCGGCUGGGAUCUCGCCCGUCCGUCUAUUGAAUUUUUGGUUAGGUUUUUGUUCAUGAAAGCUGUAUUAGACGGCGACAGCAAACUUGAUAACAAAGCGAGUCUCGAGACGUACGACCAAGUUUUGGCAAUCUUACACUGGGGCCGGGAACGUUGGAGUGAUGUCCCGGCCACUGAUCGUGGAGUAGUGUUCGACGACACGUUUGUUAGAGGCGUUAGAUCUAUGCGGAUUCAUGAGCAUAUGCGCGCUUGGGAACUGGAUAACGACUCAAAAUUGUACACUCUAGAUGGGCUCUUGGAGGAGGCAAACAGCAUCAUCGACGAGAUCCAGAACAGCCCCAGAGAAAAUGUCGGUACUCCUUUCGACAUGGCACACUAUGACUAUAUAGAGGGAAAGGCGAUCGCCUUGAAGGGUUUCUAUUAUCGUGAAGCUCCGUUCCAUAAAAAAAUGACGGACAAAGUUGAGAUAGAGGAUUUCUAUGAUCGGUCAUUCAAGUACUACCUCGAGGCUGCUGACAAGUUCCCUGAGGAUGAUGAAUACCACAUUGUGUGGCUCAACAACGCACUUGACGUCCUCACAAGCGGUGGUACUACUCUGCGACAAUGCAUGCCGAUCUUUAACCGCAUACGCUCGGCCCUCCCAGAAGUAACCAAGAUCUGGGAUGAUUUGUUGACUACUCCAGACCAAAACAAGAACAUUGUACCAACCCUUCUGGCCAUUGUAGAGGCCGAGGAGAAGAUAGCCGCAGGCAGUCUUACCUUAGACAGUUAUAUUGUGCCAGAACGAUUCCUCGAGGGCAAAUUUGGUCUAUAUCGUGGUAGCCGCCCAUAUGAGAAUCCGCUCUCUUCUGGGCGUUAAAAGCUUAGCGCCCAUCAACUACGUAUUUGCUCUUGCUAUCGUAUAUAACAUUUUCAGUGGUUGACCUCCUAAUAUACAUGACACCGUUUAUAUGCAUCUCCUUCUGCAUAUUGAUGGUCUGUUCGGUCAU